AUGCCGAAGGCGGAGGCCGCAGAGAACGGAGGCGCUUCCCGGAACGGCGCCGACAGCCGCUCGUGUGUUGGUGGGCUAUCGGGACUCUUUACAGCUUGCUGGCCCAGGUCCCGGCCGCUUGGGCGGCAUAAGCGGCAAGUCGAGGGGGAAAAGCCUGCCAGCGCCGAAGAGGGGCCAACGCCGGCACCCGCGGGCGCUGAUGAAGCGGCCACGAAGCAACUUCAGCCGCCGCUGAUAAAUCAAUCCGGAAAGGCUCCAACGGAAACAGCCGAGGCGGUGACGGCGGCGGACCAGCAAGCGGUAUUAGAAGAAAGCACUGGCGCCAGGCCGGGCAACGGCGGCGGCGGCGGUGGCGGCAGCGGCAGCGGUCCUGCCCACGGGGAAGACGAGCCAUUAAGGUCUGUACGGCAGCGCCGCGGCGGAGCGACAGCGGCGCCGCGGCGGGCGCUGACGCCUAUUCCCCAUGACGACACGUGGCUGCUACCGCCGAGCGGCGGCAGUGGCGACGGCAUCGCUGGUGGCGAUGGGGUGGCAUAUGUGCCGCUGAGGACGGCGGGAAGUUCCGGGCGAGUGAGCGUUACUGGAAUGCGGGUCGGGCCCUCCCUGGCUCGAGAAGAUGCCGUACCCGAGGGCGAUAGCAAUGGACGUAGCAGCGGCAGUAGCAGCAGCACAAGCACAGGCAGAAUCACUGAGAGCGACCGAAAGGGCGAUAAUGGCAGUCACAGGGGCAGCCACAGCGGUGGCGACAACGGAACCAUGUCACCCACCAGUGGCGAAAAUGGCCACCGCAUCGGCGGCGCCAACGGCGCCGGCGGCGGCGGCGGCGCUGCGCCGAGUAGCCUUAUGGAAACGACACCCUCCGUACAGCAGCACCAGGAAAAGCAACAACAACAACAACAACAUCAUCCUCAGCAGCAGCCGUCUUCCCUUCUUCCGCCACCUCAACCGUCGCAACUGGAAGCAGCACAUCCGCUCCCCAGGCCAUCCCUACUGCCGCCACUGCCCCCGCUGCUUCUGCAGCCGCUGCCGCCGCAGCAGCAGCAACUGCCACCACGCUCCCGCAGCGAUGUCGGCAGCCUCGCCAGCUGGAUACCUACAGGCGGCUCUGGUAAACCCGACUUGCUACGGCCUGACGUGCCGGCGGCGCCGCCAUCACGUGCUCAGGCCCAGCUGACCGUACAACGUGCGCUCUUCACCCCCGAAACCAUAACCCACAACCCGAGCCAUCUGUCCCUGUCCGACUUCUCCGGGGGACCCAGAGACUCGGACAUGGAUUACUCUGGAUCCAGUCCUAACCCCAUGUCGUACUCGUGCGUGCCUGGGUUCCCGUACGGUGGCGGCGCAGCGGCCGCCGGCAUGGAGAAGGGCAGUGGCAGCAUGAAUGGCGGGAAUGCGGCGCUGCUGGGGUUGCGGCCGGGGCUGUGGCGGCUGCGGCGUCAGGCCUGGCGGCGGCCGCGGAGGGAUAGUAUGGAGCAGCCGCUGCCGGAGGACAGCGUUGACGGCGGCGGCGGCGGCGGAGGGAGCAGCGGCUUUGAGCCCAUGAUUGCGGACGGCGGCGGCGGUGGCGGCGGUGGCGGCGGUGGCGGCGGUGGCGGCCGCGGCCGUGCAGGAGCUUCCGUGACCGGCGACGGCAGUACCUUCGUCGGCGGCGGCAGUACGGUUGGCGACAGGGAUGCCAGUGACGGCGCCGCCGCCGCCGCCAUCCACGCGGCUCACACGGCUGAUGGUGCCGUUCAGCCAUCCGACGACGGCGGCGCUGUGGGAGCAUCAGCCGGCGGCGCGAGCAGUAAUGCCAGCUGUGACGCCGCGGCGGCGGCGGCGGCGGCGCCAUCACGUCUCCAUAAGAGGGCCUGCCUUGCAGCUGCUGCAGCGCGCAUGGUUGGACCGGUGCUAGCGGCCCGUACGGCUACAGCACUGGGCCCCGAGAGACUGGCGGCAGUAGUUGACCAGAUCGUCGGACCGGAAGCUACAGCGCAGCCGCUCCCCACGGGGACCCCGGAUCCACCAUCCCCCGCCUGGAACUGUCGUCGCCUCCUGAACGCCCGGUUUCCUACCAACACCAACACCAACACCAACACCAACACCAACACCAACACCAACACCAACACCAACACCAACACCAACACCAACACCAACACCAACACCAACACCAACACCAACACCAACACCAACACCAACACCAACAACACCAACACCAACACCAACACCACCAACACCAACACCAACACCAACACCAACACCAACACCAACACCAACACCAACACCACCAACACCAACACCAACACCAACACCAACACCAACACCAACACCAACACCAACACCAACACCAACACCAACACCAACACCAACACCAACACCAACACCAACACCAACACCAACACCAACACCAACACCAACACCAACACCAACACCAACACCAACACCAACACCAACACCAACACCAACACCAACACCAACACCAACACCAACACCAACACCAACACCAACACCAACACCAACACCAACACCAACACCAACACCAACACCAACACCAACACCAACACCAACACCAACACCACACCUACCACCAUCACCCACAAACCCACCCCAACAACAACAACAACUAGCAACACCCGCAGAUACAGCAUCAAGGCUGGGCUCCGAAGCCACCUCGGAGCUGGUACGGACAUGGUGGGGGAGCUGCUACAGCACAUGGGUAUGCCCCUGGUUUCGGAGCUGGUUUCGGCGUUGGGAACGGACUUCACCUCAAGCCUGGUACGGCAGUUGCUGCUGCUGCCCUCCCGCCCGGCGGCUGCGGCGGUAGCGGCACUUGGGCCGGUUGGUACGGCGGAGCUCGUACGGCGGAUGGGUCCGGAGCUGGCGGCAGAUGUUGUGCGCGGGUUGGGACCCCAGGCUACUGCAACGCUCGUACGUGACAUUGGUCCGGAGCUUGUGAGCGGUUUGGUUUCGGAGCUGACUGCUGCAGAAACUGCAGUACUGGUUUCGGAUCUGGGAGGCGAUGUGGUGGGCGAGCUUGUCGGCUCCAUGGGUCCGGAGCUGACGUCUUUGCUGGUUCGCUGUCUGGGGCCCCAACUGGUGGCGGAUCUGGUGGCUUGUUUCGGAGCUGAACUGACGGCGGACAUCGUCUCGCGCCUGGGGCCCGAGCGCACCUCGCACCUGCUGGUGGCUGCCAGUGGCGGUCUGGGCCCCGAGCUGACCGCUGAGCUUGUGGGGGCUUUUGGACCUCAUCUGACGGCGUCGCUCGUCGCCGCUCUGGGUGCGGCUCGAACCUCCGACCUUGUGUCCGCGCUGGGUGCCCAGCAGACGGCCCUGCUCAUCACUGCCAUAGGGCCCCAGAACGUGGCGGCGCUGGUGCAGAGGUGUUUUUGUAAAAGAAUACAUAGGGCUGUCCAGGAGGGUGCAGAAGGGGGAGUCUUGAAGCGCAAAAGUGCUUCGAACAUGUAUGCCAUGACGGUCCAGGGCACCGCCGGCGUUGUCGCUGCCAUGGGACCAACUUUGACGGCGGCCCUAGUGGCGGCCAUGAGCUCCGAAACCGUGGGGGAGCUGGUUUCGGCGCUAGGCCCCGGCGCGACGGCGGCGCUGGUGGCGGCCAUGGGUUCCGCUGCAACCGCUGACCUGAUCCGCCGCAUCGGCGGCGCCUUAACGGCGGGCGUGGUAGCGCACCUGGGUGCAAGGCGUACUGCAGAUUUGGUCAACGCGAUGGGUGUUGACCAGACGGCGGAGUUGCUGAUCGCCAUUGGCAUGGCGGGCGCCGGGGGACUGGUAAGGCUUAUGGGUGGGGAGCUGACGGCGCAGGUGGCAGACGCGAUGGGUACGGCAUUUCUGGCCGAUCUGGUGGCGGCGCUAGGUCCUUCAGAUGUUACGCAGCUGCUGAUGGAGAUGGGUCCGGGGCUGGCGGCGGUGGUGGUGGGUCAGCUGGGGCCAGCUGUAAAUGCGGAGCUGGCGGUACGGCUGGGGGGUAAGGUGGCGGCGGCGGCAGUGCCGGCAGUUGCGGCGGCAGCGGUGGCGGUGCCGAUGAUGGCAGCGGGCGUGGUGGCGGCGGCGCCGGUGAUGGCGGCGGGUGCAAUGGUGGCGGCGCCAAUGGCGCUGGCGGCAGGCAUCUCGGCUGGCUUGGGUGGGGGGGGUCGGGAGCGGGAGAACAAGGAGGCAGAGGCGAAGGCAGAGGCGGAGGCGGCAUGUCUGCCUCCGCUUGGUGCACAGGAGGCAUCCAUGCUGUCGGCAGGCGCACGUCUGGAGUAG